UAUGCUUGAUUUCUGGUUAUGGCAGGGCUGAAGUGUGUCAAACAGAUCGUAGUGUAUGUUAGAUUUAUAAUUAUCUAGUAGUCAUAUAAUUAUUCAAUUCGAACUUUCGGAACUUGUUAUAUUCAUACCAAGAAGAUGAUCCACAGUCUUUUCAUUAUUAAUUCUUCCGGCGAUGUGUUCAUGGAAAAACAUUGGAAAAGUGCGGUUGCACGUUCACUAUGUGAUUACUUCUUUGAUCAACAACGAAGGGUACUUUCACCUGAGGAUACUCCUCCUGUAAUUGCAACCCCACAUCACUAUCUUAUCAGUAUAUACAGAUGCAAUAUGUUUUUUGUUGCAGUCUGUAUGACUGAAGUUCCACCAUUGUUUGUUAUUGAAUUUCUUCACAGAGUCGUAGAUACUUUUGAGGACUAUUUCAGUGAAUGUACAGAAUCAAUCGUAAAAGAAAAUUAUGUUGUGGUUUAUGAGUUAUUGGAUGAGAUGUUGGAUAAUGGUUUUCCAUUGGCAACGGAAUCUAAUAUACUCAAGGAACUUAUUAAACCACCUAAUAUAUUAAGGACUAUUGCAAACACUGUUACAGGCAAAUCAAAUGUCAGUGCUAUUUUACCAAGUGGUCAGUUAUCAAAUGUACCUUGGAGAAGAACUGGUGUAAAGUAUACUAAUAACGAAGCCUAUUUUGAUGUUGUGGAAGAAGUGGAUGCUAUUAUCGAUAAAACAGGCGCUACAGUAUUUGCUGAAAUUCAGGGCUACAUUGACUGUUGUAUUAAGCUUAGCGGCAUGCCAGAUCUGACACUGUCAUUCAUGAAUCCAAGAUUAUUUGAUGAUGUUAGCUUUCAUCCUUGUGUAAGAUUUAAAAGAUGGGAGUCAGAAAGAAUUUUAUCUUUCAUUCCUCCUGAUGGAAACUUCAGGCUCUUAUCAUACCAUAUAGGAUCGCAAAGUAUAGUGGCCAUUCCCAUAUACGUUAGGCAUAACAUUAGCCUGAAAGAAGCAGGUGGUGGAAGAUUGGAUAUCACUGUGGGACCAAAACAAACGAUUGGCAGAACAGUGGAAAAUGUUACAUUGGAAAUUCCAAUGCCAAAGGUUGUACUAAAUUGCAGCCUAGUGCCGAACCAAGGAAAAUAUUCCUUUGAUCCAGUCAGUAAGAUUCUUCUUUGGGAUAUCGGAAGAAUAGAUGUAUCAAAACUACCGAAUUUAAGAGGAUCGAUCACUAUACAAAACUCAGCUACAGUCAUGGAAUCUAAUCCUGCCAUAAACGUUCAUUUCACAAUUAAUCAAUUGGCAGUAUCAGGACUGAAAGUGAAUCGACUGGAUAUGUAUGGAGAAAAGUAUAAGCCAUUUAAAGGAGUGAAAUACAUUACUAAAGCUGGUCGAUUCCAAAUAAGAAUGUGAACAAGAGUUUAAUAAAUUGUAUUAUAAAUCAGAAAAACGUUUGCAAAACGUACUUCACUUUCUAAAAUUCGAUUUCAUAAUUGAGGAAACUAAUCUGUUCGUGGAGCAACGCGCAUUGCAAAGCAUUUUUAUUAAUAUUCCAAUUUCUAAAUAGAGAUUGGUUUCCUAACAUAGGCUAAAAUUGGGAAAUUGUACUGAUACGGUUGAACAUCUACUUUGUUUUGUUUUCUGAUUAAUAUUUUUAAACACGUUACAACGUUUACUUAUGUAAGAAAAGCGAUAAAUAAAUAUUAUGAUUUCGUAAAAAAUGUAAUUGCUUUAUAAUACAUAAGAUAC